AUGGAUUCUAGACUAAUCAGACCAUCAACACCUAAAAAGCCUUUUGAUCCCACAUUAUUAAGAUAAUCAGCAAAGAAACCAUUCCAAUUAAGAACCUAGCAACCAAACAUACUAGUUAUUGAAAACUACUAUUUAAAAACUUGA